AUGGGCAACAGCAAGAGCGGCGCUGUGUCCAAGGAAAUCCUGGAGGACCUGAAGCUCAACACCAAGUUCUCAGAGACUGAGAUAGUCCAGUGGUACGAAAACUUCAAGAAGCAGUGUCCAACAGGGCGCAUCACGAAAGAAGAAUUUCAGACCAUCUACAGUAAGUUCUUCCCAGAGAGCGACGCCAAUACGUACGCCCAGCAUGUUUUCCGCUCCUUUGACACAAACGACGACGGCACGCUGGACUUCAAGGAGUACAUUGUUGCCCUCCACAUGACGUCGACAGGGAAGACCACCAGGAAACUGGAGUGGGCCUUCUCGCUGUUUGACGUGGACAAGAAUGGAUACAUCACCAAGUCAGAGGUCAAGGAAAUCUGCACGGCGAUUUUUAAGCUGAUUCCUAAAGAUGAACUCGAAAAUCUGCCUGAAGAUGAAAACACAGCUGAGAAGAGGGCAGAUAAACUCUGGAAUUACUUUGACAAGGGCGAAAAUGAUCGAGUGGCAGAAGGGGAGUUCAUUCAGGGCGUAAUGGACAAUGAAGACGCUCUUCGUUUGAUUCAGUAUCAGCCUUUAAAAUAA